CUCAAAAUUAGGUCAUUUGUAAACAAACCACUGAUUGGUGUAGGUUACAAUAUGAAAAAUUGAGUAAUUCUGCAACUGUGAAUAUGUCUUUUAAUUCUGACUCAGAUUUAGAGACAAAAGUUCGGAAAUCAACUGAAAGAAUUUCUGAAAAUAUGCACAUAGUUGCAAAUGAACCAUCACUAGCGUUCUAUAGGCUACAAGAACAUGUUCGAAAAGCGUUAAAUCCAAUGGUAGAACGUAGAGUAGAUGUAAACAAAUUACACGUGGAAUUGCAAGGAAGGUGUUAUGAUGUAGAAUAUGCAGUUGGAGCCCUAAAGAGUAUGGAUAAAGCUGAAGAUAGUUUUAAAAAUAUUCAAGAUAAUUUAAAAAAUGCAAUAUUUCUUAAACAACAACUCAAGUAUGAAGAAUCUAGGAAAAAAAAAUCUGAUACAAAUUCGGUGUAUAAGAGAUUAUCAGCGCAUAUAACUCUAGAUCUUCCAGAACUACCAGAACUCUCUGAUGUUGUUCGUGAAACAGCUAGUCGUGUAGAACAUAUCAUGUCAAAAGCAACUCAUAAUUGAUAUGGGAAAUCAUUAAACAUGCAAAUAAUUUUUUUAAUUAAGUGACAUGCAGAAUUUUGUGAUUUUUUAUAACGAAAGCUAUUUUUAUUAAUUUCAUCUUUAUUGGAAUCAUAUUUUUAAAUAUAUUUAUAUGCUGAUCAAUUUGAUUGUCUCGGAAUUUAUUUAUUCAACUUUAUACUAAUUUUAAAAUAGUUUCAAUUAAGAAAUGUUUCGCCAUUGCUUUACUAAAUUAUAUUUUAAAUACAAAAUUAAAUAAAAAAGUCUUACAGUUAUA